AUGGGGAGCAGAGAUAUUGAGAUUGAGAAGACUGACAAUUUGAUUAGAAGACAAGUUGCCUUCUCCGAGCGACGAAAGAGUUUGUUCAAGAAAGCCAAAGAAUUGUCUAUUCUUUGUGAUGCGGAGGUCGGUGUCAUCGUAUUUUCUAGCACUGGCAAGCUCUAUGAGUUCUCAAGACCAAGCAUGGAGCACAUCCUUUCAAGGUACGGUGCCGAGCAACAGCAGCCUAAUGCUCAGCCUCCACCACAAGUUGUGGAGCUUGAUGCUGCCAUUCUGCAGGAAGAAAUGGCAAAACUGCGCUCAGCUUACGUAAGGAUGAUCGGUAAGGAGCUCAAUGGAUUGCAGAUUAAAGAACUGAAGGAUCUAGAAAAUCAACUGAGUGAAGCGAUAUUAGCCGUCAAAACCAAGAAGGAACAAGUGCUUGUUGAUCAACUUGAGAAAUCCAGGUUCCAGGAGCAAAUGGCUAUGGCAGAGAUUGAAGAUCUGCGUAAACAACUUGAGGAGCUAAAGAAUAAAAGAAAUUCAGAGUUAGGGUUAUCACCAGCUUAUGUUCGCAAGAAGAGAUCAUUGAGGAUAAAAUCUUCCAAUAAUUGGGAAGUCAUGAGGCUUCACAGUGCAUUUUCGCACUGA